AUGAACUUCAUGAACACUUUGAAGGGAAAAGCGCUGAUUAAUCAUGUUUUCAAGUCUGAAGACGUCGGUAACGAGCGUCUAUGCAGGAUAAAAUGCUAUUUGGAUGAUCGCUGCAUUUCAUACAACUUUGUUGACCCGACGUGUGAGCUCAGUGAAUCUGAUCACGUAGCACACUCUGGUGACCUUAUAGAUCGACCCAAUUCGAUUUAUCGCAGUGCUGAGAACAACUGCAAAUGCGUCGAUCCACAAGUAUGUCGAGUAAAUUUUGCUGAUAACACAUUUCAAUGUCAGUGCAGGAAUGCAGGAUUCACUGGGCCCAACUGCGACCAAGCAGCAGCAACAACAACAGCAAUACCGCAAACCAGUGGAACACCGGUAACAACAGCAGCAACAACAGCAAUACCGCCAACCAGUGGAACAGCAGCAACAACAGCAAUACCGCCAACCAGCGGAACAGCAUCAAAUACUCCAGAAUUAACCACUCAGUCAUCAACUACCGCCCCAGAAGUCUCUGAAUCAACAUCAACAACAACAACAACAACAACAACAACAACAACAACAACAACAACGCCAUCUAGUGGAACCGCACCAAACACUCCAGAAUCAAAAGCUCAGUCACCGACUACAGCUCUAACAGUCUCUCCUACCCCAAAAACUUGCACUGGUAGUUGGACCUCCAAGCAAGGCAAUUGCUACUUAGUUAUUAACGAAUAUUUACCUUGGAAAGACGCAGAAAGCCGUUGUGUGACUAAGGGAGGGCAUCUGGUUUCAAUACAUAGCGAAUCCGAAAACGAAGCGGUAGUCAGUUUAAUCGGAAUGGAGUUCUGGAUCGGAUUGAGUGAUACCGAAACAGAAGGCGCUUAUAAAUGGACUGAUGGUACACAAUUUGACUUCAAUAAGUUUGAGGGGUCGCUUGCAGCUGGUAAAGGCUGUAUCUUAAUGGAGGCAUCCACUGGUAAGUGGAAAAAACUAAGAUGUACCGAUGGGUACAAACAAUUUGUCUGUAAGAAUUAGAUUCCACAACUCAUAAGAUAAUCUCCAAAAAUUCGCGAUAAACCAAGCCAAAAACCUAACCUUAAAAAGUAAAAUCUUGCCUAAUAGACUUUAACCUUAGCAAAUACAUUACUGCAGUUACUGUCAGGAAUAUAGUAGCAAACUCGAAGCUUUGUUUCUAACACAUAUGAAAUUCUCACUCGUUUAUUUUGACAAUCUCUUGACAGAAACAAGAGAAGUCUCUCCUUCGCAGGCCCUAUUAGUGUCAUUAAUGGCGGCUGCGUAAGAGACUAAAGCAAGAGGGGAUUGGCGAUUUAUUUGUCGCACGGGGACUGGGAAACGGCCUUUUAGUAGAAUAGUGCAUUUUUACAAAUAUUACUAUAAAAUUAAUACUGAAAAAAAAAAAUAACGCUAUUGCUCUCGAAUUAUCCCUAACUUUUCUUUUUUGAAUUGAAUAAAUCCUGUUCACUCAUGCAUGCAUUACCCAAUCUUCGAGCGGUACAUUAGCAUCCAAUCUCAUGGUAACGUCAUUUACGAACUUUCUUUUGUUCAGUUAAUGAA